UCCAAAGUUGUUUAAUAACCUAUAGACGGCAUGGCAAAGGAAGUACAUAAAUGUUUGAUAAAUUAUUUCUCACAGUUAGAGAAAGUAGAUUGCAAGUGGAAUGAAUUAUCCGAGGAAGCUAAGCGACCUCUACACGCGUUGAGAAAUCAAUCAGAGCAACUCCGAUUCGUCAUAAGCAGCGAAGUUGAUGAUGCAGAACUCUGUAAAGUAGAUGAGCUACGCGAAAGAUUGAUUUUUAAAAUUCUUAUGGGGAUCGACAACGAACUGACAUUGCUGUUCAACAUUUUAACGCGAUUCAAUAACAUUAAUCAAGACUUAAAAAAUCGUUUAAACAAUCUGGAAGAUGCACGAAGCAAGGUUUCGCUAGACGAGGGAACAAUGAAGGAAUUAAUCAAUGGGACACCUUAUAGACCACGAUUAAAUUUGCUCUUAGAAUGGGCUAUUGAGGCUUUCAAUUACUACCAUGAAUUAUAUCUUCUGAUCAAUGGAAAUAUGAAACAAUUCAAUUACAAAGAUGAAGAUACGAUUGAAAAUUUAACGAAGUCUUUUGUCGAAGACCGGUUUAAAAGGGCGCAGAUCGAACGUAUACUAUAUUUCACGCAAUUCUUAAUAAAAGAGUCUUUACGUUAGAAAUUUUUUUUUAUUGCGUAUAACUACCACAAAUCUUCAUAAACAAAUAUUUUUAGAGCCUGCAAUAUUUUAUAUAUAAUUAGAAUAAAUAAAAAUAUCUCUAUUUAUAUUAUUUCUUCAAUGACUUCAUCUUCCUGAAAUUCAAAAAGUUUCUGCGCACAGCAAACCAUAAGUAUACCGAGUGAAUUCGUAAAUAUGUGUUUUUUAUAUUUGUAUACUUCACAAAAUCAAUAUAUGAAAACUUAAUUCAUACAAAAUAACGAAAACUAAUUGCCUGCGGAUUAUGAAAUCCAUAGCGAAAUAGGUAUUACAAGUAGUAUAACCUGUUAUAUAAGUUCACAGUCAUAGACUGCACGGCGUGUUCUACUUGUCUGACUAAAAGCAAGUUUAUCUACUGAAACGACGAAUGUAUGUAUAAACUUCUUUUAUCUGCAGGUGACAGCAAUAAAAAGAUACCACAACUUU